CUGCAGAUCAGCCAUCAGUAUGUCAAGCAGAGGAAGGACUUUGGGCGGCAUCCUCGCUUCAACGAUGAGGGAGCAGAGAUGCUGGCGGAUAUCAGACCCAACGAAGAGCAUGCAAAGAAUUUCGUGGUCAGGAAGACAAUAUCUACCUCGAUACAAGUGGGACAACAGAUGUCAGAGCACGAGGUGAAUACGGAUCCUGUGGUUCUUGUAAACAGAGGGAUCUUGCACACAGAGGGGGGCUGGCCCAAGGAGAUAGACUGCACAGAGAUCGAGCAGGUCAUCAGGUAUCGGAAAAAGGUGGAGAAAGAUGAGCACUACAUCCGGGCAGUGGUGGCGCUGUGCGCGGGAGCGGAGGAAGUGGUGAAGGAGAACAAUGCGAUAGACAUCUACGAGCAGUACUGGGAGGGGGAUGCCAAGUACAGCACCGAGGCAGCUGCCGCGCACACGCUGACUCAGCUUCUGGACCCCUCCUCCUCCCGCCAGGGGGCCCAGUACCUGUCCUGGCACCCUGACGGCUCCAGAAAGGUGGCGGUGGCAUACUCGGUGCUGCAGUUUCAGGCGGAGGGAGCGCCGUCGGACAGCUAUGUGUGGGAUCUGGGCAAUCCGGCGCAGCCAGAGGCAGUACUGUCUCCUGCCAGCCCGCUCGUCUGCCUCAACUUCAACCUCAAGGACUCCAAGGUGCUGGGAGCAGGGCAAUACAACGGGCAGUUUGUUGUCUUUGAUACUCGCCAGGGCAGCACGCCCGUCGAUGCAACACCCAUCGAGAAGAGCCACAGGCAUGGCUCCUUCCCCUCUGAUUGCCCUUUCUCCAUGCAAGUGCAUCUCCAGACCAGCAGAAUAUCGGACCCGGUGUACGAUUUCGCGUGGCUGCAGAGCAAGACGGGGACGGAGGCGAUGAGCUGUUCCAGCGACGGCCGCGUGCUCUGGUGGGACAGCCGCCGGCUGGGGGAGCCGCGCGAAGAGCUGCCCCUGGCAGAACGCGGCGUUGCCUCCGGAGCCCUCUCCGGCGCCGUCUGCCUCGACUACAGCCCAGCCGCCGGACCCACCAAAUUCCUGGUGGGCACGGAGCCGGGCAACGUGCUGCUGUGCAACCGCAAGGCCAAGACCCCGGCAGACCGCGUCGGCGCAUCAUACUCAGGCCACCAUGGGCCCGUAUACGGUCUGGCACGCAGCCCGUUCUACCCCAAGAUGUUUGCCAGCUGCGGUGACUGGACCGCGCGCGUGUGGAAUGAGGAUCUGCGCACGCCACUGAUUACUACCGCUUACCACACCGCUCACCUCACCGCCGUCCGCUGGUCCCCCACCCGGCCGAGUGUGUUCUUCAGUGCGAGGGAGGAUGGCGUUCUGGACGCAUGGGACUACUACCUCAACAGCCAGACUGCUCCAGCCCUCUCUACCCAGGUGGCGGACUGCGCGCUGACGUCACUACGCGUGCAUGAGGGAGGCGGCCUUGUGGCGGUCGGCUGCGCGGACGGCACAACUGCUGUGCUGCAGCUUAGCGCCUCUCUCAUUGAUCUUCAGCCCAGCGAGAAGACUGCCACCCUCGCGAUGCUGGAGCGCGAGACGGCGCGCGAGAAGAACCUGGAGAAGGCCCAGAAGGAGGCCAAGAUCCGCGCGCGCAAAGAUGCCGUCGCGCAAGAGCCGGCUGCCGCCGCCGCCGCCGCUGCGGCCCCGGCCGAUGCCGAUGCCAACGACGCAGCCGCGGCCGGCGACGAUGAGGAUAUCCUGCAGGUAAUGAUGGGGCGUCCCAAUAUUGCUGUCUUGCUUUACAAUCGCUGA